AUGAUGCGGAGAAAGUAUAGAGCCGCAUUGUACUCCGGGCUUUGUUUGGUCACGGGAGUCGGUGCCGCAAUUCUCUACUCUCUCGGAGCUGAUAGCUUGGCGGCUCAAGCGGAGGCGACAGGCGAAGAUGCAAUUGCGGCACGGAUUGAUAGCUACUGCGACGCCGUUCAGUCCUGGCAGUCCGGCACGUCUGGCGAAUUGGACAACUUCUUGUUUUUCGCCCGCUUGGCGAGCUUGGGGGCAGCAGGACAAGAAGUUCCAUGCAGCCUGUCGUCUGUGCCAAAUGUUUACGACCGUCCUGCGUCAGAAGUGUCCGGAGGCAAGUGCAGCGACUAUGAGGUGAAGACCGUUCGCUGCAAUGUGUCGGAGCUCGUACCUUCCCCGGUUGUCGACAGUUUGUACACAAUCGAGCUCAUCGGCAAAGAGCCCGGUCGGUUCACAAGCACGAUUGGGCAGGCUGUGAUACAAGUCCUUACCGAACGUGUGUGGGACCUGACUGAAGCCGCUUCUUCUCCCCGGCAUUGUGGUAUGGGAGCAGAUUUCGAUUGUCAGCCGCGACAUCGACAGCAGUUCUGCGAAGAGGUUCAAGGACAGCCGGUGGAUGACGAGUACAGGCAAUGUAGGGCUCAGCACCGUCUGGCCAGGGCAUCUGAAGCGACGGCGCCGUGUUGGGUGAUGCAGCCGAUCUUGGGCACCGAGAAAGCCUUCACCUUCACCGACAUGCAGUGGCAACAACACGAAUCAGUACAUCCUGUAACGACCGACGCCCCCUUUCGCUGCACGACGGGUGCGUACUCUUCCGGUGCGAUCUUCAUUCAGCAUAUGGCUGCUACUUCUUUGAACUCCACGCCAGCGGCUGCCAUGCUGGAGAUUUUAGACGAGGCUGAGCUCACAUUUCGGCAUCACAAGGACCCCUUUGUCGUGGCUUCGCAGCUCACAUCCUCGACUUUCGAGAUGGUCCUGUCGGAAGGCACGUUUCCAGUGUCGACACUUCUCUUCUUCAUGUGGGCUGUCAUUCUUACUUGCUGCUGUUGCAGCAGUUGCCUCAAUAUAUGCCCAGCCGCUCCUGGCGACGAAGUGACGAGCACCGCGGAUGUCAUUCCUUCCGAAGCCGCCGACGGGGACUCGAAGCCCGCAGUGGAAGAUGCCCCUCCCGAAUCAGCGUGA